AUGGACGAUUUCAAGCACGGACAAGUUUGUAAUGAUUGGAUAAUCUGGAAGAAUUGUGGACACAAUGGAUAUGCGCAUGUUUAUCAAGUUAGCGAUAUGAAAAAAGAGGUUUAUGUAAGUGAAUUUUAAUUUCGGCCUAAAUUAAGUGGUUUUGAUUAACAUUUAUAAGUUUCAGGGCACAAUGUAUGCUGAAAAAUUGAAAGAAGAUCGGAGUUCAACAAUUGGAAGCUGCCUGGAUUUUUUAAUCGAACAACAAGCAAUGGGAAAUGGCUAUAAAUUUGUGACGGUUAUCGAUUCGAAAAUGAUUGAAGAGGAUUGGAUUUAUAUGAUCACCCAAUUUCGACCUGGCCCCAGCUUGGAGCAAUUGAUAAAUUGUCAGAAAUCUGGUGGGAAGUUUGAUCCGGUUACCUGCACAUUUUUCGCGAUUGAUAUGCUACAAGCUAUCGAAACGAUCAUCGAAUCAGGACACGUUUUGCAAAGUUUUGAAAAAUCACAUUGGAGAUUUGAUGUGAAUUCGCGAAUCUUUUAUCUCUCGGACAUCUCAGAUCUCGCAGUUUGCACAGAUCGACGAGCCAAUGUUUUUCGCAAAAAACUCAAGAAAAAUCCGCAACUCUUCAGUGGCGCCUCGGCUUCCUUGAAUUGGAAGGGUGAUAUCAAAUACGCGCCAAUUUCUUUCAUCGAAGACGGAAAAGAUCAUCGUAUGUCUGAAAUGGAUAUGUUAGAAGUUGCGAUUUAUGUGUUCUAUGAUUUAGUGAGCGGCAAAUUACCAUGGGAAACAUCGCAGGAUUUGGAUAAGAUUUUGAAGAUGAAAGAAGAGUUUCUCGAUUAUCGAAGGUUGCAAUGCAAUGACAGUGGUUUUAAUAUAGUGUGAGUUACGAUAACUUGCGAAGAAACUUAUGAAUACGAGUUAUGACGUGGCAAAGAUCGAAUUAUUUGCUUCAAAUCAAAAUAUAACAACGAAACAUUGUCAUUAAAUUGAAUUAUUUUCAUUGAAACUGGCAAUGUUUCUUCGUUUUAUUUUGCUUUGAUGUAAAUAAUUUGAUCUUUGCCACGUCAUAACUCGAGUUCAGUCUCAAAUUUUCUUACAAAACCAAAACCUUUUGAAAAUUUCAGUCUUCGUAACAUGGUGGAACGUUUGAAGCAGGCGAAAAUUGAAGAAGUUCGAUUGGCAUCAAAACCAACGAUGUUUGGAGCUUGGUGUCCGCACGGUCUCCGCGGUCCCGCCCAAUCUUCCGCCUUCAAUUACGAUAAAAUGCACAAAGAUUUCCGCCAAUUGAUCACAAAUCAUCAGCCAAAAACAAUCAAUUUCCGCGAUGCUAUGCUUUGUUUUGAAGUCGAGUUGAAAAUCGAAGAUAUGUCGGAAAAUGUUCGGAAGAAAUUGGAAAGGAAAGAAUUGUUGAGAAUGUUGAAGGAGCAAAAAGAGGAGAUGAGACGAGAAGAGGCGUUGAUUGAACAUUAUUCGGUGAUGAAGGAGGAUGAUAUGAUGCAGGAGAAUAUUUUGCAGCAGAGGAUUCGGGAGAUGAUUAAGGCUGUCAAAAUUGAGUGUGGUAAGCGAUUUUUUAAAAAAGAAAACUUUUUGGGAACUCCAAAUUUUGAAAGAAUAUUUAUUGAUUGA